UAUACCCCUCAGCAGCGGAAACAGUGGUGGCGGGACCUCAUUGGGAUCUGCCGCAAGUGGAAAGUUCAGUUGCCUUUCCUAGACGCGAAUGCCAGGCUCGGAAGCAUCGUGUCGGACGCAGUGGGAAGGGGGGGAUUCAGGCAGGACGAGGACGAAUCGGGAGGGCUGUUCCACGACAUGCUCCUGGAGACGGGGAUGGCCGCCGCCAACACACUUGUCCCCUCCCUUAGCCAGGACUCCUACACGUUCGUCGCGUCUAAGUCCGAGACCCCACAUAUAAUCGACUAUACAGCGGUCGAGCAGAGCAUGAUUCCCGCACUGGACCAACACCAGGUCGACAUGAACCAGCACUUGCACGACAUUAUCCAAUACAUGUACGUGGGUGCCCAAACUUGCUUCCCUAAGCCUGCGCGGGUCCCGAUCAAGCCGUGCGUAUCUCAGGAUGACAGGAUGACGGCGAGCAAGCUCGCCGAGCACAUGCUUGGUUUCUUGGUCAAGUCGGAGCCGGCCUUGAGAAGGGCCUCGAAGCACUCUCGCAAUAAGCUGCUAGACGACCUCGCGCAGCAAAUGUGCAGCGCCAAGUCUUCCCACGAGAGUCGCGUGGAAUGGAAGGUGUUGUACCAGCUGCAAAGAUUCGGGGGAAAGCGCUCCAAGUUCCAGGUCGAGGGGUUGAGAAUCCGCCGUGGUCCUCAGGGCGAAGUUCUGGCCACUUCUGGAGAUCUCUCGGAGGCCCCCACGGACUACUUUGCUGUAGUCGAGAACGGGCAGACACUCAGCUGGGAGGAAUUAGUGGACCGCUACAAUGCCCUCCCCGAGCGUGGUAACGUCUACCCCAGGGAGUUGGACAUGAUCACCCCCUCUCGCAGACUCAAGCAUGACAUCAUGAAGCGUGGCACUGACAUUGCAUCCUUGCACCUUCGAUCGGCCAUGCUGGCAGCCAAAGCUAGGAAGCGCGCAGACCUGUCGUUGUACACUGAUUUGAAGGCGGCAUUCUACUCGGUCAUUCGAGGGCUUGUCGCCAGAAUACCCCAGGACAGCGAGGACAUUCAGAACACGCUGACGGACUUGGAGGUGCCAAGAUGUCUCGAGCCACUUUGCCAUGCCCUCGUCGCCAAGCCUGGCGCCCUGGACGCGCUCGAAAAUAAGCACCUCCUGGAAGCAGUGGUAGACGUGAUGGAGUGUAACUGGUUCCAAGUACGGGGGAGCACUAGGGUUGUUGCCCCCCGCCUAGGCACGAGGCCAGGCAUGCCAUUAGCGGACCUCCUGUUCAUCAUAGCUUUCGACCCUAUCAUAGUUGCUGUCAAUAAUAGACUAGGCGCUCUGGGGUAUCUCCAGAAGACCAGGGAUGUGGACCCGUCUCAGAGAAUCUUCAGAGGUCGAGAGCACGAGCAUGCAGAAGAGGAUGUAUGGGACCCUGCCUUCAUGGAUGACCUCGUCAAUGGCAUCGAGCUGUUAGGCGCUAGGCUCUGGAAGGAGGCGGCCAUUUCCCCUGUUACGAUAAUGUACGAAAGAACCAAGUCUAGGGGGUUCACCAUGAACUGGAAGGCGGGCAAGACGGAGCUCAUGGCCUUCUUCAGCGGCACAG